UCAUAAUCUUUUCCAAAACAUUGGUACAGACUCCGAGCGCGAGCCGCGGCGGUUAGCUGGGCGAGACCAUGGCGAGCGAGGAGGAGGGGGAGCUGAAGGUCCCGGAGGGGAUGUUCAAAGAUGUCAAGUUCUACGCGGUGGGAGACAUCGAGCCCCAGGUUAUUAAGUUUCUGAAAGAUGGCAAGGCAAAGGAGGUUUCCUAUAAUGCUCUGGCAUCACACAUAAUUUCAGAAGAUGGAGACAAUCCAGAGGUUGGAGAAUCGCGUGAAGUAUUUGAUCUCCCUGUAGUAAAACCUUCCUGGGUGAUUUUGUCAGUUCGAUGUGGAGCUCUUCUACCCUUGAAUGGUUUCUCCCCAGAAUCCUGUCAGAUCUUUUUUGGAGUUGCUGCUUGUUUAUCUCAGGUUUCUUCUGAAGACCGAAGUACGCUGUGGGCUUUGAUUACUUUUUAUGGCGGAGAUUGCCGGCUGAGCCUCAAUAAAAAGUGCACUCAUUUGAUUGUACCUGAACCAAAAGGGGAAAAAUAUGAAAGCGCCUGUAAAGAGGAGAAUAUUAAAAUCGUGACACCUGACUGGGUUUUAGAUUCCAUCUCUGAUAAAACCAAAAAAGAUGAGGCAUCCUACCAUCCUCGGUUAAUUAUAUAUGAGGAAGAGGAGGAGGAGGAGGAGGAGGAAGAGGAAAAUGAAGAACGGGAUUCUCAAAAUGAAGCUAGCACAGAUGAAAAAUUAUCAAGUCCAACAUCUUCUCGAGAAGGAUCACCUUUGGGUGAUCCACCUUUUUCACCUAAAUCUAUUGAUGCUGACAAAACAAAAGGAGAAUUGAUGUUUGAUGAUUCUUCAGACUCCUCUCCUGAAAAGCACGAAAGAAAUUUGAACUGGACACCUGCUGAAGUUCCACAGGCUGCUACUGCAAAGCACAGAUUACCUACGGGCAAGGAUUCUGGAUUGAUUAAUUUGUGUGCCAAUGUUCCACCUGUACCAGGCAAUAUUUUGUCCUCAGAGAUUAGAAGUAACAUAAUAGCAUCAGUGCAAAAUCCUCAAAGCUCUGGACGUCCUGAAAAGAUGGCUACAUGGAGUACUGCAGUUCGGACACUAAGGAAUAUUACUAAUAAUGCUGAUAUUCAGCAAGUUAAUAGGCCAUCAAAUGUAGCACAUAUCUUACAAUCACUUUCAGCACCUACAAAAACAUUAGAGCAGCAGGUAAACCACAGCCAACAGGGACAUUCAAAUGCAAUGUUGCUUAAUCAAGUUAAAAUGACAUCUGAAACACACUUACUGCAGCAGCAUCAACCGCAGCAGCCUCCGCAGCAGCAGCAGCAGCAGCAGCAGCACCCUCUCUUGCACCUGCAACCCCAGCAAAUCAUGCAGUUGCAGCAGCAACAGCAGCCUCCGCAGCAGCCUCCAGUUGCUCAGCAGCCUUUUCCUCAACCACCUCAUCAGUUUACUCAACAGCAGCAGCAAGUUCAUCAGCACCAGUUUUCUCAGCAGCAGGUACAGUUUCCUCCCCAACAGUUGCAUCCCCAACAGCAGAUACAUCGUCCACAGCAGCAGUUACAGUUCCAACAGCAGCAUGCCUUGCAGCAGCAAUUACAUCAGUUACAGCAGCAACAGCUACAGCAGCAGCAAUUGCAACUACAGCAGCAAAACCUUCAACAGCAGCUACAGCAGCAUCAACAGCAGCAAAUUCAGCAGCAACAACUACAGCAGCAACAUUUGCAGCGAAUGCAGCAGCAGCAGCAGCAGCAGCAGCAACAACAAAUUCAAAAUCCAUCGUCACAACACUUGACUCAAACAUCUCAGACGCUGCAGCAUCAGGUUCCCGUUCAGCCACCUCAACAUCCCCAGCCACAGCAGCUGCAGCAACAUCAACUGUUUGGGCACGAUCCUUCUGUAGAAAUUCCGGAAGAAUAUUUCUUACUGGGUUGCAUUUUUGCAAUUGCUGAUUACCCUGAGCAGAUGUCUGAUAAACAACUGUUGGCAACCUGGAAAAGGAUAAUCCAAACACACGGUGGAACAGUUGAUCCAACGCUCACAAGCCGAUGUACGCAUCUUCUCUGUGAAAGUCAGCUUAGUAAUAUGUAUGCUCAGGCAUUAAGAGAGAGGAAGAGAUGUGUUACUGCACAUUGGCUGAACUGUGUGCUGAAGAAAAAGAAAAUGAUACCACCCCAUCGAGCUCUCCAUUUUCCAGUAGCAUUUCCACCAGGAGGGAAACCUUGUUCUCAGCAUAUAGUCUCCGUGACAGGUUUUGUUGAUAGUGACAGAGAUGAUCUCAAGCUGAUGGCCUACCUAGCAGGUGCAAAAUAUACAGGCUAUCUUUGUCGCAGCAACACAGUUCUCAUCUGCAAGGAGCCUACAGGCUUAAAAUAUGAGAAAGCCAAAGAAUGGAGAAUACCAUGUGUGAAUGCACAAUGGCUUUGUGAUGUAUUACUUGGAAAUUUUGAAGCAUUACGGCAAAUCCAGCACAAUCGAUACACAGUGUUCAAUCUUCAAGAACCACUUGCUCCUAAUCAGCACCUAGUUCUAAACCUUCUUGAUGCUUGGAGAGUGCCACUGAAGGUAUCAUCAGAGCUUCUCAUGGGUGUGAGAUUACCACUUAAACCAAAGCAGAAUGAAUCAGUAAUUCAGCCUUCAACCAAACGGCCAAGAAUUGAAGAUUUGCCAGCACCUACUAAAAAACUGACACCAGAAUUAACCCCAAUAGUGCUUUUCACAGGAUUUGAACCCACACAGGUUCAUCAGUACAUCAAGAAACUCUACAUUCUUGGGGGUGAAGUAGCAGAAUCUGCUCAGAAGUGCACACAUUUAAUAGCCAGUAAAGUGACCCGAACUGUAAAAUUUCUAACAGCAAUUUCUGUUGUAAAGCAUAUAGUAACUCCAGAAUGGUUAGAAGAAUGUUUCAAGGGCCAGAAAUUUAUAGAAGAACAAAGCUACAUGCUCAGAGAUGCAGAAGCUGAAGUUCUCUUUUGUUUCAGUUUAGAAGAAUCUCUGAAGAGAGCUCAAGUAGCACCUCUCUUUAAGGGGAAGUACUUUUAUAUUACACCUGGAAUUUGCCCUAGUCUUUCCACCAUGAAAGCUAUCGUUGAAUGUGCGGGGGGAAAGGUGUUAUCCAAGCAGCCUUCUUUCAGAAAACUCAUGGAACACAAACAAAACAAAAGCUUGUCAGAGAUUAUCCUGAUCUCUUGUGAAAAUGAUCUUCACUUAUGUCGAGAAUACUUUGCCAGAGGCAUAGAUGUCCACAAUGCAGAGUUUAUUCUGACUGGUGUUCUUACUCAAACGCUGGAUUAUGAAUCAUAUAAGUUCACCUGACUGGAAGUAAAAUGCCUUAUAGCAUCGAACUUCUUGAAAUCUUUGUUCAAGCUUUUCCAGCCUGUGGGUCAAUUAAGCAGUCCUUUCUCCAUUUUUUGUUUUCCACUUGCUUUGCUGAUGGGUGAUGAGCAGUUCAAGACAGGAAAGCAAACGUUAACUGCAUCUGUUUAGGAUGUGCAACGUUUUAUUAACAAAACAUAAUUAACUAUGUUUUUGUACUGUACUACAAGCUACAAAGAAAGACAUUACUUUUUAUAUUACAAAUUAGUUUUUCUGACCCUUUAGAGACAAUUUUUAACAAAUGGUGAAAAUUAAUCAAAAUCUCUAAGUUGGAAUGUAAAGAGAGAAGGGCUUGUGGUGUUUUUAAAUUAUGGAAGUAAAUAUUUUGUAUUUUAUUUUAUUAUGCUCAAUUUCUUUUAUAUUGAUGUUAUCCCAGUUUUUAAUAUGACCUUCUAAUGGCUUUCUUUAAAAUUUAGUAGUUUUUUUAAUAUGGUGCAAUUGUGGCACUCUCUGGUAAGGGUAAAUUACUCUGAGCACUCAUCCAAAUGUUGUAAGAUAUUCUUCUGUUUUCCCAAUUGUGUUUUAAUAUUAAAAAAAUAUUUUAAGCAGAAUUUGUUGGUAAUAUUGUGUGUUUCUACUGAAAUUAGCUUGAACUUACUACUCUGUUCCGAUUAGUUUUCUUACAGUUCUACUGAAAUAAAUAUGCAAAAAGGAGUUCAGAUGUAUUCAUUUCAUCCAAAGUGAAUGCUGUUAUAUAUUUAAUUGAAUAUAUGUGAUUAGAAACUGAUUCCAAAGUAUAAACUAUCCUAUUUCAACAAGGUUGAAUGACAUGGAUCCCAAGCUGCUGCUUUGCAAGUAACAAAUUUUGCAUAUUUAUUGGGGAGUAAGACCUAUUGGACUUGCUGGAGUUUUCUUCAGAGUAGAUCUGUUUAGGAUUGCUCCUGUCACUCUGUUUUCACUUGUUUGUUUUACAUAGUGUUUGUUUUUGUGCAGCUAGCUUAAGACAAAUUUCUUCUAAUUCUCUUCCCUGAUUAUUACUUAAUUGAAGCAGAUCUCACUUAAACAUCUUUAUGUAGGUUCUGACAAUUUAGCAUUGGCCCUGGCUUGGGAAUCUUGGUGAUUUUUUUUAUAGGCUAAAGUACUUCUCAU